UUUUUCUUUCUCUCUUUAGAACAAUGAAUAUUCUUACUCGAGCCUCUCGUGUUGCUAUCGCCACCACUAAGUCUGUCCGUUCGGCCCGUUUCUAUGCAUCUGAAGCUCCUGCCACCAGCGAUAAAUUGACAUUGACCUUUGUUUUGCCUCACAAGUCUCUCUACAAUGCCAUCAAUGUCCAGCAAGUCAACUUGGCUGCCACUUCUGGUGACAUGGGUAUCCUCGCCAAUCAUGUUCCUACCAUUGAACAAUUGAAUCCUGGUAUUAUUGAAGUGAUUGAAUCUGCUGAAGUUACCAAGAAAUUCUUUGUAUCUGGUGGAUUUGCUACUAUCCAUCCUGAUUCAUCUCUCAAUAUCAAUGCUGUCGAAGCCUCUCCUUUAGAAGAUUUCUCUCUCGAACGUGUUCAAUCUGGUCUUGCUGAAGCUCAACGUAUUGUUGCUGGUAAUGGCUCUGAUGUCGAAAAGGCUGCUGCCAAGGUGGAAAUGGAUGUCUACGAAGCUCUUCAAAAUGCCUUGUCAAAAUAGAUAGAUGAUUUUAUUUAGAUCCCAUACUAUAGACGAUCCCCAUUAUUAUAUAUAUAUGUUUGAAUAAAUGCUCUGACUCGAAACCAA